AUGGGGGCAGGCAGGUAGGGGCCAGGUAUGGUAUGGGGGGCAGGUAGGGGCCAUGGUAUGGGGGGCAUGGGUAUGGUGGGGGGGCAGGUAUAGAGGGGGGGGCUGGUAUGGUAUGUGAUGGUAUGGGGGAGCAGGUAUAGAGGGGGGGCUGGUAUGGGGGUCACAUUGAGUGCAGGGAGAUUUAAAGAUCCAUGUAUAGUGUCCCGGUCCGGCCAGCAGGGGGGGGAUGCUGUAAGGCUGUAUAGAGGGUGUCCCGGUCCGGCCCGCUGUGGAGACGGUACACCGGGUGGCGCUCUCUCUCUCUCUCGCAGUGUCCGCACUCUGUGUCUGUGUCUGUCUCUCUCGCUGUGUCUCCGCACUCUGUGUCUCUGUGUUACAGCCGCAGUGUCCGCACUCGCUGUCCGGGCCACCCGCUCUGUCUGCCAGGCUGUGGAUGGCCCUCUGCGGCCGGUUAUAAGCCUGCCAGCCCGGUGCCUGGGGCGGGGGCGUGGCCAGUGUGAGACUGGGACGAACUAGCAGCGGAGGGGGCGUGGCCCGAGCUAGGGGCGCCCACAACAGCACUUUACAGGGGCGGGGCCUGUACCACGGGGGGCGGGACCUGUACCACGGGGGGCGGGACCUGUACCACAGGGGGCGGGGCCUGGGGCGGAAGCAGGCGGAAACGCAUGGUGGAGUUGGAUGUCAACAAACACAGUCGGUGGGUGAUGGACAGGUCUGUGUCUGUCUGUCUGGGUGGGUGAUGGACAGGUCUGUGUCUGUCUGGGUGAUGGACAGGUCUCUGUCUGUCUGGGUGAUGGGCAGGCCUCUGUCUGUCUGGGUGAUGGACAGGUCUGUGUCUGUCUGUCUGGGUGAUGGACAGGUCUGUGUCUGUCUGUCUGGGUGAUGGACAGGUCUGUGUCUGUCUGUCUGGGUGAUGGGCAGGCCUGUGUCUGUCUGUCUGGGUGAUGGACAGGUCUGUGUCUGUCUGUCUGGGUGAUGGACAGGUCUGUGUCUGUCUGUCUGUCUGGGGAUCCCCUGCAGGGUUACUGUGUCCUAAUUACUAACACUACACACAGUUUACACAGGUCCUGCCUGGGAGACAGUACACACAUCUCACUGUCAGCUCUCCAUGACUCCAUACUGGGGACAGCCUGUUAUAUGGUGCCUUAGGGCAAUCAGCUCCUGUACAGUGACCUGGCCUCUACAUAGGGGCCCUGUAUUGGAUGAAGGACCCUGUAUUCAAUGAGUAUCCCCCCUGAGAGUAUGGUGCUGGGCAGCUCUUUAAUGAUUUUUUAUUUUUAUCAAUAAAAAUAAAAAUAAUUGUAUUUAUUCCAGUGUGUCUGGUGUUGCCAUCAUUAGUAUCUGCUUCAAACAGCACUCAGUGUCUGCAAGUAAAUAAAAACUAGGAAAUAUUUAAUAAGCCAACAGAUUGUCCAACAACUCUUAUACAGACCUGUGAAGUUUUUUUUUUUGUAGCCCAAGUGACUUUUUCAGAAGUCAAGAAAAAACCCCAGAAGGCUCCCAGACAGUAUUCACAUCCACCAUUGUCUCAGCUCUUGCUACUCUUUGAUUUUUCAUUGUCCUACUCAAAUAAAUGACCCUCCCCCUCUUAGUCCUCACUCCUAACCAUGUUAAUUCUCCCUAUUGCCUUGUACAAAUGCAGCCCCACCCUGUGAUUCCCCCUACUCUCUCUCCCAUUUAUUUUUAGUUUUUCCAUUAGUAUUUACUCCUUGCCCCCUCCUUUACAUCAGCUUGUACUGUAAACGUCAGUUCCCUGUUCCUCCUUACAAAUUAGUCUCUUUGGUGUCCCUUAAUUGAGAGCCCUCUGUAAAUCUGCCAUUUUACCCUCCUUUUAUGAUGUUCUACUUUCCAUUUAGGGUUUUCCCUACUUGAUCGCUACCCUUUUCUGUUGAUAUUAGUGAAAGCUGAGUUCAAUUACUUCUUGAAAUGAUUGUACACAAAGUAAGGGGUCUUUCUACCAUAACAACAACUUAAAGUGAAGUUUUUUUGGGAGGUAGGAAUUCCUGGGCGCCAUUUUACUUUAAGGUGUUAAACUGUUUUCCAAUGGUUUAGCUCCAAAAUUGGGUCCUCAAGUGCCCACUGCCUCCCCUUUACUUUGCUCAGUCACUAUACAGUAUAGAACAAGAAUUGUUGCCUGUGAUAGGCGGAUUAUUGGCCACCCUUCACGAGCAACUGUACUUGCAAUGGGCAGCCAGUCAAAGGCUGAGAAAGACCACUAACUCUGCCUGUGGCUAUAUCUCCUUAUGCGUUAGACAGCUGAUCAGAGGAGAAGGGAAGCAUUAUGGAUGGGUGCUUGAGGACCAUAAGUAUAUGACAGACCAUAGAGACUCCUCCUCCAAAAAACUUAUUUGAAAUGAAGUUGAUUAGAGAUUGGAGAAUGACCCUCUAGUGCAACAUGUACACCAGCUGCCAGGAUUUAUGGCUAUCCACUUGGCAGAGUGCAUAAAAGGCACCAGUGUCAGAACUGGCAAUAGCUAAUAACACAAACUAGUAGAAUUAAUAUCUUAAUGUAUCAAAGUCUAGUCUGACCCGAGAUUUGAAGAAGUACCUGCUAGGUGCAUUGGAUACAAUCCCUGUAUAUAUUAUGUAUCACCCCUUUGCACAUGUUUAGUUGCAACCUUGCAUGGCAGUAUAGGAACAAUUCGUGACUGGUUGGGCAACCACAGUGGGUUUUCCAUGCUGCCCUAGUACAAAGUUGACACCCAUGCUAUUUAACUGUCAGUUUUGUGACUUUACCCUUAAUGUGACACUGUGGGUACUAUAAUAAUUUUAUCUCAUUGACCUGGUUACAGCAGUGGUUCCCAAACCAGUCCUCAAGGCACGCCCACCUGUGCAGGAUUUAGGAAUUACCCAAUCGUGUCUAAGGUGGUAUUAAAAAAAACACCUUGGACACAACUUGGUAAUCCCUAAAUCCUGGAUUGGUAGAAGUGCCUAGGGACUGGUUUGGGAAGCACUGUGUUACAGUACUGCAGUCCACUGGCACUAUAAUUCUUUUCAGUGUUAAACUAUUUUCACACAGUUUAAAACUGAAUGAUAGUCCCUGGCCCCCCACUGUUUAGCCCCCACUGGAGAUACAGUUUAGGCAGUGAUUACAGUCUUCCUUAGCCAUAUCAACUCAUAGUAACAGUGGUUUGAUAGGCUGAAAACAUGCAUUUGACACUGUCAGCCUAUCACCACCACCAGUUUCUCCUCUGGCUAAUUCUUCCUCCUUACUAUGAGCAGUACAGAAGGAGUGGGCUACUGGGUACUCUCUGUUAGCAUUACAAUGGUUUUACACUGAAUGUAAAGAUGUUGCUAGUAGUCUCCAGAAACUAUACUUACCUUAAUGAGAUGAUUAGAUUACAGUGCUUACAUUGUCCCUUAAUUAGUCAUCAGUUUGUCAGACUCAAGUUGAAAUAUCCAAUAUACACUACACUUUGGUUUAUCAGCUUUUAGCUUCAGAUUAUAACUUUUACCCCCAGACAUUAAACAAUGAUUGUUAUGAAAUCAAGGUGGGAUGAGACAUUGACAGAGACGGAGGUAUAAAUAAAAAACAAGCGAAGGAGCAAUAUGCAAAAUACAUCACUACUUUAUAUAGAAAAGUAUCAAAAUGAAUAAUAAUGCUCUCCCUGUGUAACCUUCAGAGGUAUUAUACUGAUAAAUCCACACCAACUGUAAAGGAAUAGGUGAGCCAGGGAUAUAUGCCAAGCAGUCCUAAAUAUAUUCCCUAAUGUUGUAGAACGGUAAUUGGAACAGGACGAGUUUUACAUACAGAAACUAAAAAUGGGGGGCUGCUCAAAACAGAUUACAUAGGGGUAUUCACUAACUGUCCAAAAUUAAGUUUUCAUUUUAGCUUUUAGUUCAAUCCAAAUUUCCCAUUUCCCUACAAGUCACACUCAUAACUGCUUGUUUAAUCACGACUUCCGUUGCCGUUUUUGGGAAAUUUUCACUGGUUUUCCUGUAAGAACAGAGAAAAAAAUGUUAAAAAACAACAGCAAGCCCAAAUAGGAACUGUUUUGCCAGAUCUGAGACAGUCCUCACGUCAACUGAUGCAUGAUUUAGCUCACAUUGAACUAACAGUAUUUUAAAUAAUUAUUACAUCUAACACACUCCUUUCUCAAUUACAAGCUCAAUCAAUUUCAUACUUUGGGUUUUCUAAGUACCAUUUUAUUUGUUUAUUUUUUUUACCUUUUGAAUUAUAUAUCUCUUAAUGAUGUUUCUAUUCAAUUUGCAUUUUUCUCUUUAGCAAAAAAGGUGUUUGUGUUUAUACGUUUUUAGGCCAUGGCAUUUUUGCAAGUUUUUGGAAGAGUCCGAUCAAUUGUAAUAGGAAUGGUGCAUAUGAAAGCAUUACCAGGUAAGCAAUUCAAAUUAAUUUAAAAAACAAAGCGUUUUGCCUACUUAAUCUUUAUUUUCUUUCAUAUAAUUUAGGCACCCCAGGCUGCAGAUUACCAGUGGCACAGAUUGUAGAAGAAGCUUGUCAAGAAGCUGAAAUCUAUAAGAAUGCUGGAGUUGUAAGGGUUACUUUGCAUCAAAAAUCACAAACGUGUGUGUUUCUCGGUUGCCCAUCUAUAUUGCACAUUUCACACUUGUAUGCAUACCUUUUAAAUCCCACUGUCCCCCAUUCACUACCCAUGUAUCCUUCAUUUCUGGGAAAUCUAAAUAUUUGUUGUGCAUGAAAAGAUCUGAAUUCUACAUGAAUACUAAUAUAAUAGUAAUGUGCUGGAUUCACUUCGUGUCUCUGUGACCAAUACAAUUUAGUCUACUGUGUGUACAUCUUAGAGUAGAGCAAUCAGACUCACAGUAAAGAGCAUUGUAUAGGCAUGUAUCACAGAGUUCCACAAUAUUAAAACUCACAGUUGCGUGUGGUGUGUGUGCAGUAUGACAGAGCUUCUCAAUUAUUACAUUUAUUGUAAUGUGCAAUGUACCACAGAGCUCCUCUGCAAUACAAUCACAAUAGGAUACAUUCAAAUUGUAGCAAAUGUACUUUUAAACGAUGUUAUAUAAUCGCCUAGCAAUUUAUCCUGUAAUCUAAUCCCCUCUUCAUCACUAAACACUGAACUGCGCUGAAACAAAAGCCAAAGUGCAAUGACAUCCCAAAAGGGCUGCAACUAUUCAUGAAUUGGAUAGUUUUUCCAAAGCAGCACUUUUUGGCUGCAUUUUGCAAUUUUUUAGUACAGUUCAUAUACCCCGUUGUGUCCGUCUUUAAUUUUGUGUUUUUUUGUGAAAGAUAUGCCCAUGUACUGUGGCAAUAGCAUACACUGGUAUCAAUGUAAAUCCAUAAUGUCAAGCACAUAUUCCCAGAAUGCAGUGUGUUUAACCUCUCCCCUAGCAUUCUGGGAUUGAGCCAUAUGCACUAUGAGAGUCUAUGGAGGUACAUACAGCCUGCUUCACAGACCAGUUACAACGUUCGGGACAGUUCUACAUUUAAUCUGUAUGUUUCUUUCAAAUUUUCCAAAUAAAAUGCGUAGAUUAAACUGUAUUACCUAUCUAAAAGCACCCUUGUCAUCCAAACUUAAAUGGUGCAUUGCAUAAUAUCUGUAAUUAUUAAAUAUUAUCCGUUUAUCAGGUACGGUGUACUUGCCCUGCCAGGAGAAUAAUUAGUUAGCUGAUGCCUGUAGAAGGUAAAAUUUAUUAGGCGUUAUUACAAAACUGCCACUUGUCAGUUAUCAAAUAAUUUCCAUAGAUUUAUUUUGACAUGUUGAAGUUGAUUAAUUAGGGUACACUUUUAAAGGCUGGUUUAUAGCUAGCAAUGCACUAAAAUGGCUCAAUAAAAUUAUAGAUUUUUGUGGUUGCUUUUGACAUCAAAAGUGCGAUCGGGAAAAAAACGGAAUAAUUGCUUUAAAUUAUUGCAGUUUAUGCUAGUAAUAUUAUUACUUCUUUUGGCAGGAUGGACUAAUAGUGGAGAAUAUGCAUGAUAUACCAUACACCCUGCAUAUCGGACCAGAGAUCACAGCAGUAAUGACCAAAGUAUGUAGUGCUGUGAGACAGACAUGUCCUCGUCUCCCUCUUGGGGUUCAGAUCCUUUCUUGUGGCAACAAACAGGCCCUUGCAGUGGCUCUCGCAGCAGGUAAUGUAUCCAUGGCUUCUUUGGAAUGUUAUGGAAUUGGCUUGUAUUUAGGCUGCAAGUUUACAUAAUUCAACAAGGCCAUAGAUUUGGCAGAGCUCUUAAAGGGACACUCCACACCCCUAAAGCACUAUAGCUUGCAGAAAAACUUUAUGUGUAAACAGUUUGUCCUAUUUUUUUUUUUUUUUGCAAAAACUGCAGAUUUCAAUAGAAAUUUACACUUUUAUGACUUAACCUAGUUACACCUCUUGGCUUUCAAUCAGACAACUGGUCCUGUUACUUCCUGGUUCGGUUAGCUCGGUGAAGCUCAGUGGAACUCAGGCAGGUGCUCAGAGCACCUGCUUUGCAAAGACUUCUCAUUGAGCUGCAUCGGGAGGUCUGUGAUUGGGAACAGAAAAUGUGGGCGGGGUUAGAAAGGGAGGGCUUGCAAAGGCAGAAGACAAGAGAACUGCAGCUUUUGCAAGAUGGUUUUAGAUCUAACCCUAAUAAAAUGCACAAUUCAAUGCAUGUAUGUUUUCAUUGGUGGUAUAUCUGCUAAACAGUGAUUUUUAUUUAUUUUGCAUUUGGGCAGUGGAGUGUCCCUUUAAUUGCUAUAGUGGAAUUACUAUGGAAAUCCUAUGACAUGCAGUUUUUAUAAAAAAUAAAUAAAUAAUGCCAAAACUCAUAUUUUUUUAGGAUGAUUCCAUAUAAUAUUGAACGGGGCAUUUUGAAGCGCUUCCAAAAUUUAUUUUCUAGCUAUAUAUGGCGUGAUAAACCACCCAGAAUAGCGACGGAGAUCCUAUGUAGAAGCUACCGGAAAGGAGGUAUAGCAUUUCCCGAUGUGAUUAAGAUGUAUGAGGCAAACAGGGCCUCUCAACUUAUGAUAUGGUUAAAUUUGGAUCAAAAUAUAUCUAAAUCUUGGAUUAAAAUUGAACAGAAAUCAGAACCAGAGCAAAAAUUAUACAUCUUAGGAUGGCUAGGACUCCUGAAUCUAGGGGCUUUGGAUAUGGAACAAUUUCCUAAUAAAAUUAUAGGAGAUAUGGUGGAUUUUGCAAAAUAUUUGAAUACUAAGUUGAAACUUAAAGGAAAAUUAUUGUUUAAUACACCCAUAGAAAUACUUCAAUAUGCUAUGUCAGAUAUAAAUAUUAAAACUUGGAUACAUUCUGGCAUUAAAAUAAUUGGAAAUCUAUAUGAGGGAUAUAAAUUGGCGACAUUUACACAACUACAAUCUAAAUACAAGUUUCUAUCUAGGGAAAUAUUUCAAUACCUAAGGAUCAAGAAUUUCCUUUUAACUAAAAUACUGAUUAAAGAUCAUUAUCUUGAACCUUAUAUUAUAUGUAGUCAAAAAAAGGGAGGAAUCUCUAGAUUUAAUAAAUUGUUUGAUACAUUAGAUAAUGUUAUCGAUGUGCCUCCAUUUGGUAAGUGGGAGAGGGACGUGGGGAAAUCCCUCCCACUUAAAGACUGGACAAAUGCUACAGAGUUAGUAAAACAAAGUAUACAUAAUAUAUCCCUACUCGAAACGCACUUAAAGAUCAUCUAUAGGUGGUAUAUGGUCCCGGUUAGACUUCAUAAAAUAUCUCCAUCUUAUUCAAAAGAAUGUUGGAGAUGCAGAAGAGAAAAGGGUACUAUGCUACAUAUAUGGUGGGCCUGUACGGGCCUGAAUAACAUUAAAAUCCAAAUGUUAGAUUUAAUGAAAAGUAUCUUUAGGGAGGUAGUAAUUAGCCCUGAAAUGUUUCUGUUCAAUAUGGACUAUAAAACACUUGAUAAACAACAAAAAUAUAUUAUGACACACAUAUUCCUGGCAAUAAAAAUUAAUAUCGCCAGAGCAUGGAAAUCUCCUAACCCACCACUUUGGCAUGAAAUAAUGGAGCAAAUAAGGUUUCAAUAUAAGAUGGGAUCUCUAACCAAGGAUUUGAAAGAGCUUUGGUUACCUUGGACUUCCAAAUUUCCUAUAUAACAACGAGCUGUUAGUCUUUGGCCCAUCCCUUAUCGAGUCUCAUAUAUAAAUGUGUUUUUUUUUUUUUGGUAUGUUUGUUUUGUUGUUGUGAACUAUAUAUAAUGUUAAUGCUACAAUGCUAUGGAUGAUCAAAUAAAUAUAUACAAUUGUAGUAAUAUUAAGGCUGUAAUAUUGAUACUUGUACAAUCAGUAUAAUAAUCGUUGAUUUGAUAUGUAUAAAAGGAAAGAAAAAUAUUGGUAAAUAAAAUAAAUAUUUAAAUAAAUAAAUAAAUAAAUAAAAAUCCUAAAUUGAAGAGCUACAUACUAACCUCCCCUGAUUUACAUAAUGUAAGAUUAGUGGAUUCAUUAUGUGCAGCUACAGCUUGUAUAAUAUUGAACUGCGCUGGUUCAGUUUAGUAUAAUACAAUACUCAUUGUUUAUUUCCGCAUCACUCCUAUUAAACUAGGGGUGCCCAAAAGGUAGAUCCCCAGAUGCUGUAGAACUAUAACUCCCAUGAUGCAUUGCAUGCCUUUAGAAUGACAAAGCAUUAUGGAAGAUGUAGUUUUAAAACAUCUGGUGGUCUACCUUUUGGGCACCCAUGUUUUAAUGCAUGUUGAGGGUGGCUAUUUUGUUCCAGCUGUGUGUGUGGAUAUUUGGAGUAUUCUCCAGAUUUCAGGGAUCCCCCUUACAGUUGUCCCAAUCAUAGGAUAUUAUUCAUCACUGAAUUGUAAUGAGUUUGAAAAUAAAUUGUAAACCUGCUGACUGAGAAGUCAAGGCACGCUGAUGGAGAUUUAUCAAUGUUAAAAAAGGUCCCUAACAUGCUAAAAGUGAUGCGAUCACCAUGGAAGCCAUUAGAACCAGCAUGCCUAUUCCAUUGGUGAUCUCUCCCCUUUUAUAUUUUUGCACCACUUUUUAGAAUAGAACACUUGGUAAAUCUCCCCCACUGUAUUAUGUGUCCUGUUUCUCAGACCAAGUUUUCUUGGGUUCUAUGUAUAAAGUGUAGUUCUGAUACAACAUUCUAAAAUUGAAGCAAUGAGCAGUCCAUUGGUUUCCAUGGUAACAGCUUCACUGUUAGGACCUUCUCCAGAAUAUCUCUGUCAACAUAACCCUCAAUAUAUCCAUAUUCCAUAUGUUAUGUUAUGGACUUAUAUUCAUCUAGAAUAUGUGUUUUUAUUAAUCAUUUCAGGGUUUUUCACUGUGAGAAUUCAAAGUGACGUCAACAUAGCUGGACUAUCUGAUUCAGUUAUGCUUCCAUUUUGGAUACUUUUGCCUUAAUUUUAAAAUUCCCUUUGCAUUGUCACUUUUGUGAAUAACCCUGUAUAUGAUUUAUAAUCUCUGUAUUGUAGAGGUGAACUGAUUCCAUUAUCGUCACCUCAUUUUGUCAGCCUUCCAAUUUAAAAUAAAAUCUGCAUGCAUAGGGUUGUGUUUUUUGUCUUUGAAUGACUAAUUCAAUCAAUAGGGUUUACUGGGUGGACCAGUUUUUCUAGUCUUCGUGGAAUCCUUGUGUUUUAUGUAAAAAGAAGGCAGGUCAACAGACAGCUGUCUAUUUAGUAGCUACAUAACUUACAGUCUGGUGCAAGACAAACAAUGUAUGGCUCGUGCUGGCACAAUUGAAUGUAAAUGUGUUAAUCAAGGGUUGGGAGGUUUUGAUAAAUAUAUAUUUUUUGACACCAACAUAAACCUCAUAGUCCCAUAGAGAACAGUUAAAGCAGGGGUGCCCAAAAGGUAGAUCCCCAGAUGUUGUAGAACUACAACUCCCAUGAUGCUUUGAAUGCCUUUAGAAUCUAAAAGCAUCAUGGAAGCUGUAGUUUAAUACAUCUGGUGAUCUACCUUUUGGGCACCCCUGAGUUAAAGUAAUGUUUUAGACCAGGGCUACCCAACAGGUAGAUCCCCAGAUGUUGUAAAACUACAACUACUAUGAUGCUUUGUCAUUCUAAAUGCAUUCUAAAGGCAUGCAAAACAUCAUGGGAGUUGUAGUUCUACAACAUCUGGGGAUCUACCUUGGGCAGCCCUGCUGUAAACAUAGAAACAUAGAAUGUGACGGCAGAUAAGAACCAUUCGGCCCAUCAAAUCUGCUCAAUUUUCUAAAUUCUGUCAUUAGUCCCUGGCCUUAUCUUAAGUCUACGAUAGCCUUAUGCCUAUCCCACGCAUACUUAAACUUCCUCACUGUGUUAACCUUUACCACUUCAGCUGGAAGGCUAUUCCAUGCUUCCACUAUCCUCUCAGUAAAGUAAUACUUCCUGAAAUUAUUUUUAAACCUUUGCCCCUCUAAUUUAAGACUAUGUCCUCUUGUUGAGGUAGUUUUUCUUCUUUUAAAUAUAGUCUCCACCUUUACUGUUUUGAUUCCUUUUAGUUUAGACACCCAGACGACUUCAUCUCAAUGAAGAUGCCAUGUGCCCCCUUUUUAAGCUUGCAGUUGAAAACGUUGCCUUUCUGCAUGGUUAGCCUGCCUCUAGUGGCUGUCAACAUGACAGCCACUGGAGGCACUUCCAAUGGUCACGAGAACAUCUAUUUGGUGCUGCGUUUUGCUGAACAUGUGCACUAGCCUCCCAAUGCUUUUCCUUUGGGAAAGCAUUGGAUUGGCUGAGAUCAUUGAUCUUAAUGAUCUCAGCCAAAGAGGAGGAGCUUGAGCGGGCAGAGCGGCGAGGGGAAAAAAAGGGAAGCAACGUUUAAACCUGGCAUUGCUGGCCUGUUAACAUACAUGGUGACUAGGCACUGUAGCGUUAUGAAUACUUAUUGUGUUCCUUUAUUAGUGGCACAUCAUCCUCUUGUGAUGCCUCACAUGUUUGCAGCUCAAAUUUAUAGCACUUCGUUGUCUAUCUGAAAUCUCCUUUUUGCCUUCUACUCUUUACCUUUACAGACCUAUUAGCGAACCCCUCUCAAUAACUACACCCCUUCAGGCAUCCUGUCCUUCUCAGCACCUUUUCCCCCUAAACUCCUUUCCUGCUUUUCUCUGUAUGGCUUUUGUCAUUCUUAAUCCCUUCAGUGGUAUCUCCUAACAAUUUAUGAUAAACUGUAAUCUAAUUUCCCCUUAACACCUAGCACCAAAACAGAGGGGUCUCACUCGGAAAGAUCCAAUGCAUUGAAAUGUGCUGAAUAUAAUGCGUUUACUCUCUAUACAGGAAAUUAAAGAACAUGAUCUAUCUUGGUAACAAUUCCACCUUAGCUGAUCUGAUCUAAACGUGGUUAUUUCACUGCCAGUUUAGUGGAUAUACCUGUGAUCCUAUUUGCUAACCAAGACAAUAAAGACUAAUCACGUUAGUUAUAACAGCUACCCAUCUUCAGAAGUCUUUUCCCCUAUUCUGCUUAGCCCAGAUUGGCACGUAAUGGACAUCAUGUUGUGCGCUAGUCAUACUGUUCCAUGGCCCUAUGUAGAAUUCAGAUGUUGCAAGAGUUAAACCAGAUAAUUAUCCUUUGUGGCUCCUUUAGUAUCCUAUUCAUGACCUAUUCAUUGAUUUGACUCUUGCAUUAUAUAUACAUAAUGUAUACUGAGAAGGAGUACUUGCAUGUAAAAGUCUCAUUUUCUCUAUUCUUUCUUCCACUUUUUCUCUCUCCCUCCAUUCCCUUCACUUUAUAUUUUUCUAUUCAGCCCCAUGCUGUUAAAUUAACUAUUCUUGCCUCCAAGGCUUACAUUCGUAUCUAUUCUCCUUCAGUUGCCCCAAUGUCUUUCUAACCACCCUCCCAGUGUUUAGAACUUUUCAGUGCAGUGCCUCAUCACAAUCCUACCUGAUGCUACCCUGUUUUUCAAGCGCUUCUUACAUUUGAAACCCCCUAUAUCCCAUCCUAACCCAAUGUCUUAAUCACUAUUUCAGUGUCUUGACUUCCUAUGAACAUCUCACUCAGUUCUUCCCCCAAUCUCUCCGAAAAGGUGACCAGCACUCCAUUUAUCAUGGUUAAAAUACUGUAAAAUAAUUGUGUCAGCGGUAGUAUACUAUCAUUAAUUAAAUUGUGAUAUAUAGAAAAACUUUAUUGCAGUGAAAAUAGCACCCAGUUGAGUUAAUUUACCUAAUUAAAUUACCCAAUUAUCUGAAACUAAUGAGGUCAACAGUUGAAUAGCAACUCACACAUACACGCAUAUCUAAAUUUCUGUAUCUCUGUCCCCUGCUGUGUGCACAUACAAAGUGACUGAAAAAGACAAGUCUCAUAGAAUUAUCCUGAUAAAAAUAGAAUAUUUUAUUUAACUACGUUUUUGGGGGGAUACACAGUUAGUGACACUUACAACUGAGGGUUUUUAAGGAGUUCCUCGUCUCCUUCAGUUUUUCCCCCCCCACAAUUUUGAUUCUUUAGAUAACCCAAUUGCAGUGUGUGUGUAUAAAAUUUGCCAGCUAAAAACGUUAGGAGCCAUUUCAAUUUUUUUUUAUUUUUUUUUUUUAAAGGGGCACUAUAGUCACCAAAACCACUACAGCUUAAUGUAGUGGUUCUGGUGCCUAUAGCCUGUCCCUGUAGUCUUUUCAAGGUAAACGCUGCAUUUUCAGAGAAAAGGCAGUGCUUACAUUGCUGACACUAGAGAGUCCUGUGUCAGUGCUCUUCAUGGAUGCGCUGAAUGUUACCCAUACAGAACAUGCGCAAUAUCGUCCCAAUGCUUUCCUGUGGGAAAGCAUUGGCUUAGCGGAGAUCAAAAAGUUUGAUGAACUCGGCAAUGGAGAUGGGUCAAGCCACGGCAAAACCUGCACAGCGUGGGAAAAAAAGGGUGAGUAAAAACACCAAUCGUUAUCGCAGGUACCUAAACAGACACACACUCUCUGACAGACAUGCACACACACACUGACAGGGGCAUACACACACACACACACACACACACACACUGACAGGAGCAUACACACACACACACACACACACUGACAGAGGCAUAGGCAUACACACACUGACAGAGGCAUAGGCACACACACACUGACUGACAGAGGCAUAGGCACACACAUUGACAGAGGCAUAGGCACACACACACUGACAGGGGCAUACACACACACACACACUGGAAGGGUCAUACACACACACUGACAGGGGCAUACACACAAUGACAGAGGCAUAGACACACACACUGACAGAGGCAUAGGCGCACACACUGACAGACACACACACACACACACACACUGACAGGGGCAUACACCCACACACAUAUUGACAUACACACAUACACUUUCUCGAACACAAAUUUACAUUUUAUUUUUUUAUUUUUUUAUCCACCUAGCCUCCCUACCUUUUGGGAGUGCUAAGUGGACGUUCCUUGGGGUCUAGUGGGGCUGCUCUCUCUUCCUGUGUGAGAGGGAGCAGUAAUCAACCAUGCAGCUCCUCUCUGCUCCCUGUGAUGCCGGGGCCGGAAUUACAUCAUAUUCCGGCUCCCGGCAUCAUUAAACAGCGCGAGGGAGCAGAGAGGAGCUGCUGGAAGAUCACUGCUCCCUCACACGCUGCCCCAGCCGACCACCUGGAUGCUCCACUGAGCCGGCCGCCUACAUGAGGCUCAGGGCAGCCGGCUGCAAUGCUCACUCAGCCGGCCGCCUCCAUGAAGCCGGGGGCUCCCGCGGGUGGACGGCCUGCUCCAUUAUUUGCCCAGCCAGGUGUUUGGAUAAAAAGUUGACAAAUCACAGGCGCCUGGGAUUUGUCGAGCCCUGAUAUAUAGUAUAUAACCUGGAAUAAUUUUAAAAUUUCACUAGUUUUAACUGCUAAACUAUAUCUGUCUGCUUCCACCUAAACUAUAUCUGUCUGCUUCCACCUAAUGAUCACACACAGGUUAUUCACCAAAGUGAGAAUUGUCAGGAAUUUAUAGCAAAUUUUCAGUUUAACACCAAAAUAACCAAACUUUGGGCACAGCCAACUUGGAGAAUAUUUUGUUUUCCUAUUUUGGUCUUAUAUUUGAAAUUCACUUGAAAUUUCCAACUAUUCUCAGUGUGGAAAACAAUUUGCGUUGGCAGGUGGUAUUUUUCAGGGGAUCUGACCCCCCUAGUGACAAUGAAAUACGUUAUCGUCUGUGAUUUUUGUUUGUUUGCUGAAUUCUAUUCUGAUUUGUUGUCUGUGCUUUGGUAUAGGUUUAGAUUUUAUCCGAGCAGAAGGCUUUGUGUUCUCUCAUGUUGCGGAUGAAGGUAUUGUAAAUGCCUGCGCUGGGGAGCUGCUGAGGUACCGCAAGCUUAUCGGAGCUGAUCAUAUCCAGAUCUUUGCCGAUAUUAAGAAGAAGCACAGGUCAGCUGGUGGUGUUGAUUUCUAGAACCCUUCAAUAACUAACCAUAUAGCUUUACUUUUGUCCUUUAACUUUGCCUGUAUUGUUUUGAGCAUGGAGAUGUUACAGUGCAGUUCUGCAGGGUCUUUCAAUAACCAGUAGAUUCUGCUGGGUAUCUGCUAUUGCCAUAUAACUAUCACAUUUCUUAUAAGAGCUUAUAUAAAAGUAUGUUAGUUGAUCAUUUUCCUAUAACCAGUUUUUUUGUCACCUCAUACAUUAGGAAAGCUACUUUUGUUGGGUUGUAACAUUGACUUUUCUUGAAGGCCAAUAUGAGGUUUAUUGUCACCCUAGUCAAAGAUCUAGUUUUGUGAUUCACUCAAUCUUUUCACACUCUCUCAUAUCAAUAUUCCUUCUCUUUUUCCCCCCAUUCUCUAUUCUGCUCUUCUGGUGCCUUUUCACACUAUUUAUCUUAUAUUCACAACGACCCCCUCUCACUGUCUUUAUUCUCACUAUCUUCCAACCCCUCUGUCUUUCUCUUUUCUGUUGCAGUCUCUCUAACAGUAUCUUAGUUUAAAUAAUUGAACAUUUCUUCCUGAUUGUUACUCCAAUUGCGUAAUCUUUGACACAGAGAAAGUAUGAUUCCUGUUAGUCCAAGGUGAGCUCUAACAGAUCUCCUUAUUUCAUGUCAGCAAAGAAAAUGCUAAGUGCUUUCUUAUAGUCUUGUAUGCUGAAUGAAUCAAGACGCCAGCAUGACAUAAUGCAACAAUCUUAGCAGGCGUAUUCACUAAAGGGAAAAUUCAAGGUGAAUUCAAAGUGUAUUUCAAAUUUAAGGCAAAAGUAGUUGAUUUAAGCAUAGCUGGCAUAGAGAAUUUUCCCAGUUUAAAGGGACACUAUAAGCACCCAGACUUCAGCUCAUUGAAGUGGUCUGGGUGCACUGUCCCAGGUAACUUAACCCUGCAAAGGUAAUUAUUGCACUUUUAAGAAACUGCAAUAAUUACCUCUCAGGUUAACUCCACCUCCAGUGCCUGUCUAUCAAACAGCCACUAGAGGAACUUCCAUACUGUUAGGUGACUUUUAGUUGCCUAACUGAUGCUGGACGUCCUCAUGCUAUGCAUGGGGAUGUCCAGUGUCCCCAAACCCCUUCAACAUGGAUGCUGUCCAGGAGGUGGGAGGGUCUGGGAGGGAGGGUCUGCUGGAAAUUGGCCGGGAUGUGUCAGCUGACCGGAGCUCGCCGCGAACGGUUUGUGGCGAACCGCGGCGAGCCGUUUGCGAACGGUUCGCGACAUCACUAUUUAUCACACAUUAAAAUUAGGUUAUGAGCCACCGAUAAUAGGGUUGCGCUUACAAAUUAUCCCAGGAUCUAUUAAACACAAAAUAAUAGUGAAUUAAAAUAUAAAUAUACAAUUCUAAAACUCCAACUCCAGUUUUUUACAGCUUGGUUAUUGUAUCCUCCAUUUUGCCAUUCUUCUACAGUUUGGAGUGUAGCAAUUAACCCCUCAUUUUUUUGCAAGUGCAAUAUUACUUUUUUUAUUUUACUCAUGAGAUUACUAUAUACCUGUCUGGCUGCUGCCAUGAUUGUUUGUUUGGUUUUUAAUGUGUCUUUGUUAAAUAUUUUGUUUGUUAACUUUAUUCUUCCUUUGUAGUUCCCAUUCGUUAACAGCAGAUGUUUCCGUGUCUGAGACGGCAAAAGCGGCAGAGUUCUUCUUAGCUGAUGGUGUCAUAUUAACUGGGGUCUCUACUGGAGAAGAGGCGGAUCCGAGAGAUCUUCAGGGUAAUUAAAAGUAUAUAAAUGUCUAAAAUAGAUUAAAUGAUGCAAACUUUUUAUUUAAUUAUAAAAUGCCAAGUAAUAGUGUAAAUGUGUGGUAUCAUGUUGUCAACUCUAUUAUUUAGUGAACUGUAAUUCUUACAAACUUUCUUUUUUACUCCAGAUUUCCAUUUUCUCCUUCCUCUAUGUUGGAACUUAUAAAUAGUUUUUAUGAAUUUUGCUAACUUUGUUAAAUUCAACAUGGUUUUUGGCAUCCGUUUUGUAUUUGGCUUAUAUCCUUUACACUGUGUUCCAAAGAAAAUGGCGGACACCUUUAUGGAAAUAUUAGACAUGCUAACAUAUGUUGUCUCUUAUUUAGUUUGUCUUUGACUGAAAACUGCAAAAGGCUUUUUUUUCUGUUCAACUAAACAGAGAAUUCUGGCAAACCAGCAUCUAAAUGUUCAAGACAUAGCCUUUAUUAGCUAGUAGAAAGAAAUACAUUGAAUAUGGUCAUUGCAAAUUCAGAUGCAGGAAACCCAAUUAAGUGAAUUAAACUCAUAGUAAAUAAUAAGAACCACCUGGAGAACUUCUUGUCAAAUAUUCAACGGACCAACCUGACUUAUGUUUAAAUGCCAAGACAAGGGUAUAAAUGCAAGCUCUGCCAGAAGGUUUAAAGUAGAUAACAAAAAUAUUAUAUUAUUUGGUAAAAACGAUGUAAUUUUCUGUGACAUUUUAGGCUUUUCUGUGUAAAUUAAAUUACUAAUACUGUUAAUUUCACUGUCCUAUCCUAGAAGUUCAGCGCUCGGUAAAGAUUCCUGUCCUUAUUGGAUCUGGAGUGACAUUGGACAAUGUGGAGAAGUACAUAGAGGCCAAUGCCUUAAUAGUCGGUUCACACUUUAAAAAAGAUGGUUAUUGGAAAAAUGAUGUUGUUUCGGAUAAAGUGAUAUCAUUCAUGGAUCAAGCCCGUAAACUAAGAUUGUAA